AUGCGCGUCUCUUUCGCCCUUGCUCUUCUAGCCGCUCCCGCGCUCGUCUCUGCUACUCUCGCUCCUUGCCGCACCAAUAGCAAGGGCAAGUGCCCGAGUCUUUACAACUGCCGAGAGACGAAGGUGUCCACCGCCAUCCAGGCGGCUGAGUGCUCGCACAACACUCGUACACACGACAAGCAGACGUUUGCUGUUUUCGUCCAGGACCAUCAGUAUGACGGCAACCACGGCUACCCGUAUGGAAACUGCACUGCGUACACGUGCCACGUGCCCACUCCGAAGCAAAUGAAGAAAAACCCCGACUGCUGGACGUUCUUCUGGAAUGGUAACGGUACCGACAGCGGCGUCGGCACCGGCUGCAUCAGGGACCCUGGAACGGGCCAGUGUGGCUGCGAAAACUCCAAAGACGGCAAGUUUAUCGCCGGCAAGACGGACUGCAAAUAA